GCACAGACAGGCUGAUUGACAGUACAGAGUACUUUAUUUUAUAAACUAUUAAAACUAUUUUGCCAUACUUUGUUGUACAGCAAUAAUAAACACAUUUAUUUAUUUUAUUUUAAAUAAUUGUCUUGUAAAAGUCUUGCAGAGGUUGAUAAUUAUCUUUUAUAAUUUAUUAAGAAAUGUUUGAUAAGAAAUAAAGUCAAAAAACAUGUCAAAAGUUAAUAAAAGAAAGCAUGUUAUGAAUGAAGCAUUGUGGGACGACUAUGAACUUCCUAAAGAAAAUCAGAGCGUAGUACGGGUAUUAAAAAGUAAAGGAAACAAUUUACAUGAGGUCUGUACACCCAAUGGAGAAGAAUAUUUAGUGUCCAUGCCAACAAAAUUCCGCAAAAACAUAUGGGUGAAGAGAGGUGAUUACAUCCUUGUGGAACCAAUACUGGAAGGUGAUAAAGUGAAAGCAGAAAUUGUUAAAAUAAUGAAUAAGGACUCUAUAAAAUAUUACAAAGAGAACAGUCUGUGGCCAAAGGAAUUUGAUGAUGGCAAAAAAGAAGAGAAUAGAAUUAAUAAUGGUGAUGAUGAUGAUGACUUAUUUGUGAAUACCAAUAGGAAAAAUAUAAAUGUAUAUGAAAGUGACAGUGAAUCUAGUGAUGACAGUGACUCUAAUAGUGAUAGUGAGGGAGGCAGUUCUAAUAAAUAAUA